AUGGAUGAUGGGUGGUGGCACUACGGAGUACAGCCAGUAAUUAUUCCAUGUUUGCACAUUGAUUCCAUCUCAACACAUCCAAGGCACCCCGUCCAUAUCUCUUCUCUCCAGUACCGAACAAUCUUGCUGCUUGCUUGCUUCUGUGGCCCGCCGUGGCUGCUCGCCACACACGAUAUGGCUUCAGGGGCAUCUGCCUUUGUCACCAUCGAUAUCGGAGUCGGACAUCUGGAGUCUCGCGCCCAGAAGAGACCGCCAAGCCGCAGCAUAUUAGCCUACCUCGGUACCUACUCUCCGCCUCCGAUUGUGUCUGGCGGUAUGUGUUGA